AUGACCGCUGACGGAAAACGGCGCACACUGUCGCAAGGUAUCACUUGUGUCGGGUACAUUUCUUAUUCGUCGCCUCUAUCGUGUUGAAUUUGCAAGGAAAAGGUCUGCUAGCGAUCUCGGUUUGACAAUCGCUACCGGUCCAACAUACAUGGUCCGAGCGUGUCACGAAACAGGAGGGAUUCUGGUGUUCAAAGUGGACACCAUUUUAUGAUAGUCAAUGUAUCGGACUUCAAGGAUAGUCUGAUCCAGAUCGGCUAAAAACAGUGCCGUUCGCGUUGUGGAUGGGUGUGCGAUAGCAAACUAACGUUACUGUAUAACUCCAAAAAAGAGGGGCAGAGCCUCAUCUAUGAAGAUGGACAUUGCAGAUGAAGGGGAUAUAUGUCGCGUGUGUCGUUCAGAGGGGACCCCAGACAAACCCUUGUACCACCCCUGUGUCUGUACUGGCAGCAUCAAGUUCAUCCACCAGGAAUGUUUGGUCCAGUGGCUGAAGCACAGCAGGAAGGAGUACUGUGAAUUAUGCAAGCACAGAUUUGCUUUCACACCAAUCUACUCCCCAGACAUGCCCCCCCGUCUGCCCAUCCAGGACAUCUGUGCUGGCCUGCUGACCAGUGUGGGCACAGCCAUACGAUACUGGUUUCACUACACACUGGUGGCCUUCGCAUGGCUGGGGGUGGUCCCCCUCACUGCAUGUCGAAUCUACAAGUGUCUGUUUACCGGCUCUGUGACCUCGCUCUUGACGCUGCCUUUGGACAUGCUCUCCACAGAUAACCUGCUGGCAGACUGUCUGCAGGGCUGUUUCGUGGUGACGUGUACACUGUGUGCCUUCAUCAGUCUGGUGUGGCUCAGGGAGCAGAUAGUCCAUGGUGGUCCCCCCCUGUGGCUGGAGCACCACCAGCAGCCCCAGCCCAACGCAGCCGGACAACAGCCCAACGAGGCUGCCGGUCAAGGAGCAGCUGAUGAACCCCCUGCCCCUGCCAACCCCCCAGCUCACGAGGCAGAGCCAGAGCCCCCGGAUGGCCCGCCAGAACAGGGGGAGGAGCCAGAACUAGACAACGAGGAAGAGGAGGGGGCGGCUGCCGAAGAUGUGGAUGCCAACAACGGGGCUCAAGAUGAUAUGAACUGGAAUGCUCUAGAAUGGGACAGAGCAGCAGAGGAGCUCACAUGGGAGAGGAUGCUUGGACUCGAUGGCUCCUUGGUGUUCUUAGAGCAUGUGUUCUGGGUUGUGUCUCUGAACACUCUCUUCAUCCUGGUCUUCGCGUUCUGUCCAUACCACAUUGGUCACUUCUCUGUCAUGGGCCUUGGCUUUGAGGAAUAUGUCCAAGCCUCCCAAUUCGAGGGCCUGAUCACAACCAUCGUAGGGUACAUCCUGUUGGCCAUGACGCUCAUCCUCUGUCAUGGGUUCGCUGCUCUGGUCAGGUUCCAGCGGUCCCGCCGUCUACUAGGGGUCUGCUACAUCGUUGUCAAGGUCUCACUGCUUGUUGUCGUGGAGAUAGGAGUCUUCCCCCUCAUCUGUGGCUGGUGGCUCGACAUCUGCUCUUUAGAGAUGUUUGAUGCGUCUCUGAAGGACAGAGAGCUGAGUUUUAAAUCUGCUCCAGGCACCACCAUGUUCCUGCACUGGCUGGUGGGAAUGGUCUACGUCUUCUACUUCGCUUCCUUCAUCCUCCUACUGAGAGAGGUGCUGAGGCCUGGGGUCCUGUGGUUUCUGAGAAACCUGAACGAUCCAGACUUCAACCCAGUCCAGGAAAUGAUCCACCUACCUAUCUACAGACACCUCCGCAGGUUCAUCCUGUCUGUGGUGGUGUUUGGCUCUAUCGUUCUCCUGAUGUUGUGGCUGCCCAUCAGGAUGAUCAAGCUCCUCCUCCCUGCCUUCCUGCCCUACAACGUCAUGCUUUACAGUGAUGCUCCAGUCAGUGAGCUGUCUCUGGAGCUGUUGUUACUGCAGGUGGUUCUGCCAGCUCUCCUGGAACAAGGUCACACACGCCAGUGGCUGAAAGGUCUGGUCAGGGCCUGGACUGUGAGCGCUGGAUACCUACUAGACCUCCACUCUUACUUGCUCGGAGAACAGGAAGACGAUGCUAACCAGCCUGUCAACAACAACCAUGCUCCCGGUCACCAAAACAACAACAACGCUAACCCCGCCCCUGCUGUGGGGGAGGGGCUUCAUGCAGCCCAUCAGGCCAUAUUACAGCAGGGAGGACCAAUAGGUUUCCAACCCUACCAUCGGCCCCUACGCUUCCCUUUCAGGAUCGUCUUGCUGAUAGGGUUCAUGUGUAUCACCCUGCUGGUUUCCAGUCUGGUGUGUCUGACGUUACCAGUGUUUGCGGGCCGUUGGCUGAUGUCAUUCUGGACAGGCAGCUCGAAGAUCCAUGAGCUGUACACAGCAGCGUGUGGUCUGUACGUGUGCUGGCUGUCCAUCCGCGGUGCCACCGUGCUGUUGGCCUGGAUGCCCCAGGGACCCACCAUCAUCAUGGUCAAAGUCCAGGAGUGGAGCCUCAUGAUUCUGAAGACCCUUGUCGUAGCGUUGCUGGUGGCUGGUGUUAUCCCUCUACUAUUGGGCCUGCUGUUUGAGCUGGUCAUCGUUGCUCCCCUACGCGUUCCUCUGGACCAGACGCCUCUCUUCUACCCCUGGCAGGACUGGGCUCUGGGGGUGCUCCAUGCCAAAAUCAUCGCUGCCAUCACCCUCAUGGGUCCACAGUGGUGGCUGAAGACUGUCAUAGAACAGGUGUAUGCUAACGGCAUCAGGAACAUCGACCUCCAUUUCAUCAUCUGUAAGCUGGCUGCCCCUGUCAUCUCAGUGCUGCUGCUGUCCCUGUGUGUCCCCUACGUCAUAGCAGCCGGGGUCGUACCUGCCGUAGGUCUGUCAGGUGUGUCAGGUGUGACUCCAGAGAUGCAGAUUCUAAUUCAGAGGAGGAUCUACCCGUUCCUCCUGAUGGUGGUGUCCAUCAUCGGCAUCCUCUCCUUCCAGAUACGACAGUUCAAACGUCUCUACGAACACAUCAAGAACGACAAGUACCUGGUUGGCCAGCGGCUUGUCAACUACGAACGCAAGGCUAGGGGAACCAGCUCUGUCCCGCCCCCUAACUCUAUCCCAGAGUAGUCAAGUUUGCUUUUGGAAACCACCCAUCUCGUGUCCUCCCUCCCCCUCUCUCUCACCCUCCCUCCCCCUCUCUCUCACCCUCCCUCCCCCUCUCUCUCUCUCCUUCCCCCCUCCCCCUCCUCUCUCUCUCCUUCCCCCCUCCCUCUCCUCUCUCUCCUUCCCCCCUCCCUCUCCUCUCUCUCUCCUUCCCCCCUCCCUCUCCUCUCUCUCUCCUUCCCCCCUCCCUCCCCCUCCCUGUCAUGUUCAUGCCUUGCUAAGUGUUAAGUGCAGCCUGAGGAUUGUACAUAUGUAAAUACUUUGGAUGCAGACUUGUCUGAAAUUGGACAGAUUUGGAUUAAUGCAAUGACCAUUGUACAUCUUAAGUGUAUGUAUAUUAAUUUAUUAAAUCAAACUGACAAUU